AUGACGUGCAGCUACUGUCAACUAGGAGGUCAUCGCCGUGCUGAUGGCUGUCCCCUCGCGACCAAAGACAUGAAGACGCUCGGGUUGACAGAAGCAGCUCUGCCCCCUACGCGCCAGUGCUCGUACUGCAAUGUUGUGGGACAUCUCGAUGGCGCCUGCCCUGUCCUGAGCGUGCAUGCCCGCUUCCAGAAAAUACCGUCAACUUAUCGCAUGCCGUCGGGCCAGCACCUUCCACGAAGUCCAGCAUCAGCGUCCAAGUCGGCGCGAGCCUGCGGCUAUUGUCUUUCGAUCAAGCACGACGAGCAACAAUGUCGAUGGCUUGCCAUUAGUGUCCAGCGAGGUACGCUGCGGCCCGACUACGCCUUCAUGAAUCCUCCGCGUUUCUUGACGGACGGCAUCAAGUCCGAAGAACCUCCAGCGCCACCAUCCACAUCCCAGCCCCCCAAAACGAAAAAGCCGAAGCGGAAGAAGAUGACCAAGCAGGAAGGUCAUUCGUCGACGUCGAAGAAUUGCCAGGCAAACGAUCCCAACGAGAAGAAGCGUCGGAAAGUAUCUUGA